CGGCGAAUCAGUUUCGCUGCGGAUUCUGUGCGAAGCGGACGCGUUUUGUCAUCCUCUGGUAUAAAAACGUGAUUGAAGGAUCUCGAGUAGCGUAAUGCCGUGUUCAAGUGACUGAAGGCGAAUUGAAAUUAUUUGCCAAACGAUCUGUGUGUGGAGUUAGAUAGUUUGACUGUUUAUUGUGAGAGUGUUCUUUAAAAGGCUCAUUCCAAAAGCAUUUUGUAAAUUAAAUGAUGAAACGUUUGACUUCUGAGCGCCGUAAUUGUGAAGCGAUUUUCUAAAAUAAACCCAUAAAAAACUGAAAGCAUUUACCAGUUUUUUAGUUUUUUUUAUUGGAGCCAUGGCCAUGGGGCAAGUUCUCCGAUAAUAGAGCCGUGUGAAAAAUCCCGAAUAUAAGCCAACGCAAACAAAACCCCAGGCAGUUCGAAAGUCUAGAAGGACUGAGCGGUGGGGAAAACUGGAACAGUAGAGACGAGAGGAUGUACUUUGGCCAGGAGACGAGGCCAUCAUUGGGGCUCCUGGCUGUGGCUGAGUCAACCGCAACGGCAAGUUGAUGUUGCCCCCGUCCUGGCAUCUAAUUGGGGCCCUCCUCGUGCUAACGGCCACAGCGGGGGAGUCCACCAACAAGAUCAUCUUGCCGCAGAUUCUGAACGGCGGCGGGAGCGGCGGCAUUGCCUUGGGCAAGCAUCCGUCCGGCUCCAAAACGGUGGUCCUGGGCCCGAAUCCCAGCAACGCGGCGAGUGGCGUAGGAGUUCUGGUUAGCACCGGAAACACGGUGGUCGGAAGCAAUGGCGUGAUUGUUUCCGGGGGCGUGGCCAAUGGGCCGACCUCGAAUUUAAACACUGUUGUCGAAGAACCCGAAUUUACCGAGUACAUCGAAAAUGUAACCGUACCUGCUGGACGUAAUGUUAAACUGGGCUGUUCCGUUAAGAAUCUUGGCUCAUAUAAGGUUGCCUGGAUGCACUUUGAACAGUCCGCCAUCCUGACCGUUCACAAUCACGUGAUUACGCGCAAUCCGCGCAUCAGUGUCACGCACGACAAGCACGACAGGCACAGGACCUGGUACCUGCACAUAAACAACGUACACGAGGAGGACAGGGGUCGCUACAUGUGCCAGAUCAAUACGGUGACGGCCAAAACGCAGUUUGGUUACCUCAACGUAGUGGUUCCCCCCAAUAUCGACGACUCGUUGAGCUCCAGCGAUGUGAUUGUCCGGGAAGGUGCCAACAUUUCGCUCAGGUGUCGGGCCAGCGGCAGUCCCAGACCCAUUAUCAAAUGGAAGCGCGAUGAUAACUCCCGCAUAGCCAUCAAUAAGAAUCACAUAGUGAACGAGUGGGAGGGCGACACCCUGGAGAUCACCCGCAUCUCCCGGCUGGACAUGGGCGCCUAUCUGUGCAUCGCCUCCAACGGGGUGCCUCCCACGGUUUCCAAGCGCAUCAAAGUCAGCGUGGACUUUCCACCUAUGCUGCUCAUACCUCAUCAAUUGGUUGGCGCUCCAGAAGGUUUCAAUGUCACCAUCGAAUGCUUUACAGAGGCACAUCCCACAUCUCUGAACUAUUGGACACGUGGCGAGGGACCAAUCAUUCACGAUUCGCACAAGUACAAAGUUGAAGCUAGCGUGGGACUGCCAGCUUACAAAACUCACAUGAAACUGACCAUUAUUAAUGUGGGCAGCGGCGAUGAUGGAAUUUACAAAUGUGUUGCCAAAAAUCCCAGAGGCGAGACCGACGGCAUAAUUCGAUUAUACGUGUCCUAUCCUCCAACUACGGCAUCUACUGGAAUCUACUCCACGGACUCGCACUGGAGCGAGAACGGAAUCAAUGGCAACUAUGCAUACGGCGGAUCCGAUUCGACCCGAUCCAUUUAUGCACCGGACAAAAAUACGCGAUACCAAUCGAAUUUGAACGAAAUCGGUUUAUCUGAACAAAAAUCCUUCUUAGAUAAGACCCAGAAUCCGCUGGUGGCCAAUGGCAAUGGCAACGGGGCGGAUGCGGAAUCCAGCGGUGGCCAGAAUCCUUCGGUGGCCAUUGCGUGGCUGUUGGUCACCAUACCGACACUGUUGUUAACAAUCCGAACUGCGGUUGGUUCUAGCCCUAGGUUAAGUCUAUGUUAGUUAACGCGAUUCUAGCCUAGAGUUACAUAAUUUAACUAUGUAUGGGAUUAGUUGUAAGGCUUCACGGUAAUGUUUGCAAAUAAAAUAUGUCUAAUCGAAUAGCCCCUAGAGAAACCAGACCCUAAAUACAAUCCGCCCUUCCCCACAUAUAUAUUCAAGAAUAUAUAUACUACAUAGGCCCUACUGAGCCUGGUACGCAUAUGUAUAUCCAUCAAUCACAAUUAUCAGAUAUUCAGGAGCUAAGAAAAAACCAACCAAAGGGUAAAUGCAAUUUCAUUUUGCUUUCAAUGCUGUGCUUCAAACUGAGAAAGUUUCAUAAUUACUAUCACAUAAUUGGUACAUGAUAUGCCACACUCUAUAUAAAUAUAUACAUACACCCACAUCUCUAUAUAUUCGUGCGUUAAACGCUGCCAACACCCACACUUGCAUAUAGGAUUACAAAAACCCCUAAAAGUUAUGCUAUAGACGCCUUAAGGAUUGCAAUGUUGAAUGCAGAUUAAACCAAGUUUAGACUUCUAAGCCCACACACAUAUCGAUCAUGGAAAUUGUUUAAGUAUUACAUAUAUAGCCUUUAAAUGCCAGAAGCAAAGAAAGUAUAUUUUUUGUAGAUAUAGCAAUGUUAAGUUAGGAGAUUAACUUUUUAUUUAUCCUUCUGUGGUCAAAUAAU